AUGUCGCAAUACGGCAAAUGGCAUAAUUUCUGCCGAGACAGCGGAAGUGGAUAUGCGACAAUACCCGUCUGCAAUCUGUUCUCGGAGUCUAGGGCACAAGGUGGAGCAUCUCCCUAUUAUGGAGGAUGCCAACUCACUGGUAUAUCCUUGAGCGGCGACGACAGGCAUCUGGCGAAUCUCGGAUCAAUAAUUCUCGCAUUCAUUGCGAUACUGGCAUCAUUGUUCUUGCUGUUCCGAUCAGAGCGGAAGAAGGCUGCAGUGGGACGGAGGGAGAUGCAAAUCUUCCUUCUGGGAUACAUUGUGAUUGAGAUAUGCGAGAUCUUUACGGUCGGCGGAUUCCCUCUGGAUGGCGCGGUUCGAAGAGCUUUCUCCGCCGUACACAUUGCGGCGGUUGUCUCCACGGUAUGGAUUCUGAUGAUGAAUGGCGCGGUUGGGUACCAGCUCAUCGAUGACGGCACACCUCUUUCACUCUUCUUAAUAUUCGGCUCUGCCGUCAUACUCUUCAUCGGUACGGGAUACAUUGCACUGGACACUGGCUUCGGUUGGACGGGUUACUGGGACGACACACUUACGGAUCCCAAUCGAGCGUACGCACUGUAUACACUGUAUCAGCUUGUGCCACUCGUGUUCCUAGCCGUUUACUUCUUGCUGGAGACGGUCCUCGUUCUCAAGGUGCUGGGAGAAGUGCGGCCGAUUUGUAAGUUCAACGAACGCAUACCACAUGAUUAACGCCAAGCCUAACACACGAUCAUAGACUACCUUGUCGGUGCAGCCCUUCUCUUCGCGAUCGGACAGAUCUUCCAGUACGUAAUCAGCGUGCACAUCUGCAACGGCACGAAUGGCAAGAUCAACGGCGGACUAUUCGAGACACUAUUCACACUUCUGGCCGUCGUGAUGAUCUGGACGUUCUGGUCGAGCAUUACGGAAGACGACUGGCCAAUGCCUCCCGCGGGAGGUAGUACAUAUACAUGA